GUGGACUUCCAAUUUCCGGCCAAUUUCUUGCUUGCCUUCGUCUCUUCAGAGAUCAAAAGUGCUGAUAAUUCUUCGGAGAAGAUUCAUUUUCAUAAUUUUUUCUCUUUUUUUUCCCUUCGAUUAGAAAUCAGAGCAGGAUUCGAUGAGUUGUCAGACUUGGCAGCUUGAUGAACUGGAGGUGGAACCUCUUGAGAUUCGGGAGGUGUUGCGAUGCAUAGUCCAUACAAUCAUGUUUCACAGAGUUUUAGGGCUUGUUCGACCAAAAGAUACGGAUUCUGAGCUUUUUGAAAUAACAUAUGUAAAAUGUGGUGAUGAAGAGUUAGAGAGGAAGAUAGAGGAAAAGAUCGACCAACUUAUUGUUUGGAUUGAAAAACACCCGAACAAAAAAAUCUCGGUAUGCUUGUCUUUCUUCGAGAUCAAGAACAAACAGACAAAGUGGUUCAACAAAACUGACCGUGUGUAUUGGGAGCACUGGUACAUUAAUUUGCAAUUAGUGAAGUCAAGAACCAUUACAACAUUUCAUUUAAUUGAACAAACUACAAAACUCGAAGAGGCAAGCUCAAAACAUGCUGCAUUAGAAUCUGCACUUCGUGAAGUGAUGUUUCAGAUCGUAAGAUUUGCAAACGAAAAGAGCAAUCAUGUACCUUCAGUACCAUCGAGUCAUGACAGUGUAUCGUUUCCAUUCGACAUCACAAUUCCAAGUUUGUCGGAUUUUUCGUUUGGAUGGAGUGCUGAUGUGUUUAAGAGAAUGCUGCAAACAGGUCAUCCUAAUUUGCUCAACUGAGCAUUUCUUGAUCAGAAACUUUGUAGGAAAAAAAAACAUUCACAUUUUUUUUUAAAAUUAAAAAAUAUAUAUUUUUUGAAUUUCUAAUGAAUUGAAUCAUCAGCUUCUCUGUAGAUAUGUUAAACAUUCAAUGCCAAGACUUUAUGUAUGUAAGAGACUAUGCCAGAUAAUUUAGCCAUUUUCAAAGGGGUAACAUGUAAAGAGCCUACAAAAAAAUUCCUGGUUAUUUAUGGUAUGAUGUAAACAUUUUA